CCUUCCGCACCGCUCCCGUUCGCAUUGCUUCGAUGUUCGCAUCGCGAUGUUGUCAACGGCAACAUAGUUUUGUGACUAAAGCGGGGAUUAACACGACAGGAUGAAUUGCUCAUCCAGCCAACGGAUGAGCAUGACAGUAACUCAGCGCCGCCGAAUCACGCCACACUCAAGAACACCGCGAAGACGAAGUGCUACUGGCGUCAGUUGUUGCCGCCUGCAGGAUUCACGGUCGUCCUCGGACUAAAUCGGCACUGCGUCCCGUCAUGUAAGUCAAGCCUGAAAGUCAGAUCGUGUAUGGGGCUGCAUUCUUCUUGAUGCAAAGGCGAUAAAACGCGCGGGUACAACUGCAUUGCCGAAAAUAAAGAACAGCUAGGGCACACCAAUCGUUUGUAACGUCAGUGGGUUUAUGGCAAAUACUGAAAGACACACUGGCCCAAUUAUAAUGAUCCCAACUUUCGUUUUAAUCCUGUUCUCCAUGGUCUUUUAUAAAGAACUGCCGCUUUUUUGUGCCGCUUCAUUUCUGCGUAUAGCAAUUCGCUGCACAAAGGCUAGAGUGUCGGAGGACGAACGCUGAGAGACUAUAUGCCCGAUUGUGAUGCGACCAAGUAUGAAACACUAGUUGCUGUCGUUCGCCUGGAACACAAGUUCCGUGUGUCGCUUGUGGAAUGCCUAGCAGUUUCUCGCCACACUGGAUUAUGGCACGAUCGUCGUUGAGAGACAUGCAACCCAGCGCCAAUCGCUUCAUGGGCUCAAACAACACAAGCUGGAUGCGUCGUCCUACAGAGGCGGUAUUCUCGAGCGAUCACUCUCAGGGACUUCCGAAAUUUCUCGAGACUUGGCACUGGAUUCGACGAAGUACAUAUGGCCAACGGCGCCCUUGCUUAGGUGUAACGAUAGCGAACGUGGCACAGCGCUAGAAACAAUGUCGGCCUAAACGCGGACGCGUCUGGUGCCGAGUCACGCAAAAUCGCACUAAAUCGAAAAUAUCCACAAAAGCGACCACCAAGCAAUACCGACCCAGCUGUUUUCCCCGCAGCUGUUCGUGAGACAGGAUGGCUCCUUCCAUAGGUGCCGACUAUAGGGUGGGGCCCGAGACUCCGGCGAUGCCGAAGCCUCCCCUCUUAAAGUUGAUCCCUGUCCCGAGGAACGUGAACCCCGAGCGCGACAAGGAGCGGAGGUUGGCGAGGGCCAGGGCUCUCGUGGACUUCCACGCCAGAGAAGAAGGCGCCGUCUACGUGGACGCGGCGGAGUAUCGAUGGAACAGCGACGCAUACGCGGCGGUGGCUGUCGGGGCAUCGACGGGUGCAACGAAGACCGAGGCGAGCAUCCGGACUCGAGAGGCGCACCGGGCGGAGGAGGUGGCCGUCGCCUUGGCCGUCUCCGACCCCGGAUGCACUACAGUGUCGUGUGACUCUAGAACGGCAGUGAAGAACUACGCCAAGGGUAGGGUAUGUAGUGAGGCCGCGCGCAUACUGCGCAAGGCCGAAGACAUCGGACGCAAAAGCGCUGUGGUGAUCAAGCGGUUUCCGGCCCACAUGGGCAGUGACGUGUCGGAACGCAGGAACGUGAACCACAACGAGAAGGCCAACUCGGCCGCGCGAGGACUCACCAACCGCGCAGCUGCAAGCGCGGCAGACUCGGAGUGUUGGUCGCAGUGCAGGGCCAAGGACAGGAUGACCACCUUCAACGAAAUAGUGAAGUGGUACAGACUGAACAGACAGACUAUGCCGUCACCUCAUCCGGGUCUUACCCGGAAGAAGGCAGUGUUAUACAGACAGUUACAGACCCUGCUCACCCCGGUGCUAGCUAAGCACGCGUGUCCGAGUGUGUACGCGAGUGACGUGUGUAGACUGUGCGCGAAGGAGAGAGCCACCGCGGCUCACAUCCUUUGGGACUGUAGCAUAAACCCGCGAGAAGCCAGCGAGAAGACGACGAUCCCGCCGCAGCUAGAGGCUGCAACGAGGAGCUGUGAUCAAGAGACAACUCAAGGCCUACCAGCAGGUCUCGGCAGCUCUAGAGAGGCAGCGACCGAGCGAAACCGAGGAGAAGGGGGGCAGCACCCCCAGGAAGCAGGCGGCAGCUCUCUCGGACCCGCGGAAGUAGCGAGGGACCAAGACCUCGAGGAGCACAACGCACGAGACUGACGUAGUGGCCGCGUCGCGGUAAAAGCUUGUCCUCCCUGAGUGGAGGGAGCCUAACCGAUUCUGCAGGUAUUUUUCAAGAAAGUUCUUCUCUCUCUCUCGAGUGACUGCUUUUCUGUACUUCAAUCACGUACGUUAAAUACUUGAAUAUGGAUGUGUUGGGACCCACACGCAUCGGAACUUAUAAAUGAAUUAGAAAAAAUCCAGAAAAGGGCAGUUAGAUUUGUUCUUGUAUAACUAUAGGCGGCAGCGUAGCAUGACAGAAAGCAAACUUAAACGUAAAUUGCAAGAGCUGAAGGAUCGUAGAAGGCAUUUCUGAUUAAAAUUUUUACAUGAUAUUUAUUAUUCCAAAACAGGUAUAAACUGCGAAAAAUAUAUCCAGGCACCACACUACAUAUCUAAGCGAUUUGACCACUGUUUGAAAGUCAGGGAAUUUUCUUGUAGGGGUGACGUCUUCCCUUAUUCCUUUUUUGUUAGAACUGUUCGAGAUUGGAACGGUUUGCCAUCGAGCAUUGUGUACAUCACAGAAAGUGAUGCUUUUUUCCACGCAUUGAAAUAAUUUGUUCAUGUAUUUCAUCAAGCUUGUAA